CUUCCUUUUAAAGCUAGCGUGCACAUGCGACAGAAGAAGGCAACGGUGGCAGUCAAACGACAAGUUACAUGACAGCAAAAUCAUCCGGAUUACGCCAGAAAUCUUCAUGAGGAUGUAUUCAUGAGCAGCGUGACAGCUUCCUUUUUUAGCCCCGUUGGUCUGUUGAGCUCUGAGGCAACAGUUGCAUGGUACAGAAAGGAAAGAGUUCUCGAGAGAAAAGAUUGCAACAUGACGAGAGAUGUGCCGAUAGUGUGAAUGAGAAAAGACGCAUGACGGCCCAACACAUGGCGGUUCACAGGUCAUUGAACGGCACCACAGCCAUCCCAUGGAGGAGGAGCAGGAGGAGGCUGUCCCUGCUGGAGCAGCUCAGGGGGUGUCAGGACGCCUGGUGCCCCGGGGCCCCCUGGGAUAGAGAGGGGGCCCACCAUGCGCUCUGUGGAACACCUGCUGGGAGUUUCCUGGUUGUGCGGGACUCUGCGGCGUCUCAGGCCAGCCUGCUGUGUGUGUCUGCGGGCGGAGAGGAUGAAGUAGUUACUGAUUAUAGCAUCGAAAGCAAAGGAGCAGUGUUUCAGCUGUCUGAGUCUCGUCUCUGUUUCGCUGACCUCGCUCAGCUCGUGCUCUUCUACUCUCUGACCAGGGAUGUGUUGCUUGUUUGUCUUUCCAUUCCUCGUUGGCUCUACAGCGUUUCUGACAAGAACAAAGAUCGUCUCUCUGAGCUUCAACCAGAAACUUGGCUUCACACACCAGUUGAGCAACACACUGAUGAAAUGUCCGACAGGGAGCCAGGCAAAGUGAUGUGCUCCAUACAGCUGACCUCCACAAACGGGGCCCUGUGCAUCAUCAACCCUCUCUACCUUUGCGAACAUGGAGAUGAUUGGCUCACGCAGCCGCCACGUUACAAACAAGAGCGACGCCUCAGCACCACCAGGACCUGGGCGGGGGCGGGGCUACGAAGUAAAAGAACAAUUUCGUUGGACCAGGAGUCCUCUGCCGCCUAUAUGGAGAGUUCUGGUCCAAUCAGAGCCAAGUCAGCGGAUUUGCCAGAUUGCCCACUAACCCCAUCAACACCAGCAGCUCCGGCAGGUGUUGUUCUUAGAAGGUCCAGCAGAGACUCUGGCUGCAGCCUCCCUCACAAAGCGAGCACAGAGAGUCUCCCUUUGUCCACCCCCUCCACCCCAGGGUGUUCAAACCGCACAUCAUUUGAGUUGCAGCCCCAUGGCAGCCCCGUGCCUCAGUCUCCUCACAGGGUGUCAUGGAUCGAAGAUGGCGUCUGGCUGCCUCCACCCAGACCUUCCUCUUUGCUCCACCCACCGUCGCUGGAGCUCGACUCUCUGUCCAUCAGCAGCAUGGAGGAAGAGCAGGACUGCCAAACGCCCAGCCCCAUCCCGCACCACCAGUCGGCGCACUGGUUGGCUGACAAGGUCAUACAUCGUCUCUCAGCGGUGGGUCAGGCUCUCGGCGGGCUGGUGAGUCAGAAGAAAAGACUGACCAAUCGCGUGCAAGAGUUGAGCGAGCGGAAAGGCGCUGCGUUUUCAGAAGCUGUGAAAGGAUUUGUGGAGACAACACUGAAGAGAGGUGUUUGUCCCACCGGGUUGAUGGGGUCAGAGUUCUUACAGGAAGUGAGGUCAUCGCUGACAUCACUGAGGGAGACACUGUUAGAUUACACAGAAAUCCAGGCAUUGUUGGACAGCAUGACUGACUUCAAUGACUCAGAGAUGGACUCCCUGGUGGAGCUCUCUAUCCACAAGGUGGCCCUGAAGCCCGUCUCUGCACACCUCUACUCCUGCAUUCUCACUUCUCGGACUGAUGACCUCACUUUUGAGCGUCUCCAGAACAACUUGCAUGUGCUGGAAAAGAAAGAGAUGGAGGAGCUUGGGGGAUCGUCGGGGGUCGGUGUGCCCGACUCCCUCAGCCUGGAGCGGAUCCAGCAGAGGUGGACGAGCAUGCAUGAGGUCUACUCCCCGAACAAGAAGGUCCAGAUCCUGCUCAAAGUCUGCAAAAGCAUCUAUCACAGCAUGAGUGCUAAUUCUAACUCAGGUUCAGUGUUUGGAGCGGAUGAUUUCCUCCCCUGCCUGACGUGGGUGCUGCUCCGUAGCAACCUGGUCACCUUACAGAUAGACACAGACUACAUGAUGGAGCUGCUGGACCCCACACAGCUGCAGGGAGAAGGUGGCUACUACCUCACAACCCUGUACGCCUCUCUGUACUACAUCAGCAGCUUCCAGCCACGAUUGGCUGCCCGUCAGCUCAGCGUGGAAGCCCAGCACUCCCUGAAUCAAUGGCAUCGCAGGCGCACCCUGCACUGCAACCAAUCACGGCGCAGCAAGAACCGACGGACUAUUCGUAGAACGCCGUGCCGGGGGAAAGGUGCCCAAAACUCACAGACAGAAACCAGGAAUGACGAGGAAAGUGUGAAAAGAGAUGCUUCUGUCGAUAAAGGCGAGUCACAGCAGCAGACGGAAAGCUCCACAGAGGCUCUGCUGACCGUGAAAGAAGAGGAGAACAGAGGCAGAGGAACCGAGGAAGAGUCCCAGGUGUCCCCUCCAGCAUCAGACUUUAAUCAGCAGGAUAUAAAAAGCAGCAAACAGGAGGACGGACUGUGUUCAGCAGACGAAGGAGAAGAUCACAAAGGAUUGUAAAGAAGAGGAACAGACAUGAGGUGCACAGAAUGACCACCUGACACACAUUUUUAUGAGAAGCUUAAAUGACCUCAACGAUUUCUUAGUGGAUCAGACACACCUGAGGCCCGCAGCUAAAAUCAUCAGCAUUUAAUCGUGAGAGAUUGUUGCUCAUAAUGCUGCAGCUGAAAUAAGUUAUUGCAAACAAUAGGCGGUAUAUAUAGUGUGUUUAACAAUCAGCUUAAUUUUAAGGAAAAAGUUAUACUAUUUAAUUUGAAUCUACUGCAAUUAAUGCUACAACCUGGUUACCUAAACAAGAAGGGAUUUGGUAAAGAAACAGGGAGCCACCCUGUCAGCUGUAAAUGUUUCAAAAAGACAACAGGAGAAAAUUAAAUGUACGCUUUAUCGCCAAUUUAAACACCAAUAUCAACCAAAAUAAACUGUCAUUGGAAAAAAAUAUUGUCCACCUUUAAUGUCCAAAAUUCAAUCCAGGAACCCAGACUCUAGAAUCGCCACUACUGGCGGCAUGUUAACUCUGUAAAGCUCUUUCUUAUUUAAAAUUAAGACUGAAUAUAUUGCUGUUAAACUACCUAUUGAGAGUGUUGUCUUCUUUUAACACAUGCAUCUUCUCUCUAAUUUAAUUAUUUUUAUUAUCAAAGACACUUCAUAACGGCAGAGCCUCACUGAGCAUCAUGCUGUAAGUUUUCCAUUUUCACCACUAGGGAGCGGCAUUAAACCUCUUGUGUGAUGAGCAGGAUUUUUUCCCCUCCCUGACUGUUUUGUUUCCAGUGAGUAUCCAGUGUAGGGAAAGUGUAUGUUUUUCAUUCACAUAAUAAAUCAAAUUAAAUAUAUUUCUAAAGCACAUUUAAACACAGACAGAGCUGACCAAAGAGCUGCACAGUAUGGUUACAGGAUACAAGCAUCCUACUUAGGACUCAAAAACCAACAGACAUGGAAAAGCACAUUUUGAGGCGGGUUGAAGCUCGAUCCAAAGGUUACUGGACCUCUCCUCCUCCUCCUCUUCCUCCUCCUCCUCUUCCUUCUCCUCCUCCUCCUCCUCAGGCAGGCUUCUUCAGCUCUAAACUUACUGUUUGACGGAGCUAGAAACAGUAGCCUCUGUUGAUCAUUAGUCUUACAUUUCUAGCUCUGUCCACCAGUUAGUUUAGAGCUAAAGAAAACUUUACAGAGGAGGAGAGGUGAAACGUCUUCAAGAUCUUCAACUAAGUCCAGUUGCCUUUAGAUCAAGCUUCGAUAUACCAUGACCGGGAUGACUGAGAACCUACACCGACGUCUUGAGACGAGAUUUAGAAGAUCCGAUGGAGGGUGCAGCUGAGAGGCCUUCAUCGAAGAGCUCGGCCGCUUCUAAGUUAAGAUCGCUUUGUGUCAGAACAUGGGGGGAAAAAUGCACUUUAAAGAGUUCAAGAAAAGAUUUGGAGCGGCUGCGGCUCAGUGGUAUAGUCAGUCGUCUCUCAAUUGGAAGGUUGGGGGUUCAAUCCCCAGCUCUUGCAGCCACACAUGCGAUGUGUCCUUGGGCGAGACACUCAACCCCAAGUUGCUCCUGCUGCUUCAUCAGCAGCAUAUGAAUGUGAUUAGGUAAUUCUUUACAGCAGCCUUUCUUUAUAUCUACCAUCACUGUAUAAAUGUGUAGGUGCUGGGGUGUGUCCAGAAGGGUGUCCACUCCAUGGAGCCAUCCAAAAAUCCUAAACUAUGAUUGGCUUUUUUCCUUGCCAGAGGUGGGACUUAGAAUUUUCAGUGUGCAGAUGUUUGUUUGCAAUUAAAAAAAAAAUAAAAAAAAUUGUGAUUUUGGACGGA